AUGGAAGUACAAUCGAAGAAGUUCAGAGGGGUUAGGCAGAGACAAUGGGGGUCUUGGGUAUCUGAGAUCCGACACCCACUCUUGAAGCGAAGGAUCUGGCUGGGUACAUUUGAUACGGCUGAAACAGCCGCAAGAGCCUACGAUCAAGCAGCCAUCUUGAUGAACGGUCAGAAUGCGAAAACGAAUUUUCCGGUGGGAAACAAGUCCCUACCUGGCAGCCAUAACUCUCCGGCGGAAAUUCCGGCUGAUACCCUCACCGCUAAGCUCCGUAAAUGCUGCAAGGACCCAGCACCGUCGCUCACAUGUUUACGUCUCGACAGUGAUAAUUCCCACAUCGGAGUGUGGCAGAAACACGCCGGAAAAAGGUCCGGCUCCGGCUGGGUGAUGAGGGUUGAGCUCGGUGGCAAGAGAAAAGAAAGGGCAAGUGAGGAGGAGGAAACGACGUCGCUCUCAAGAUCAUCGGAAUCUUUGUCUCCGACGGUGACGGACGAUGGUUGUCCCACUGGGGGCGGCGGCGGCGAUGAAAGCAUAGAGGAAGAAAAUAGGGUGGCAAUGCAGAUGAUAGAGGAAUUGCUCGACUGGAAUUAG